AUGCCCGACACAGGCAACACGAGGAAGCGCCACCUCGAUGAGGCAAGCGACCUCAAGGCGCGUAAAAAGUUGCAUCUUCCUAUCGACGAGGGGCCAAUGCUCACUUCAGAACCUGUCAAAGUUAUUGUCGGGAUAUCCGAGACGACCUAUUUUGUAGAUGAGGCAUACCUUCGUGCAAGCUCUGACUUUUUCAAUAAAGUGCUUGACGGGGAUUGGAAAGAGAGCGCAACGAGGACUGUCACAUUAUCUAAAAACAUGCCAUGGGAUUUCAGUAUCUACGCCAAAUGGCUUUACAGUGCCUGCCUUUAUAUGACGGAGCCAGAUGAUAGAACUUACGACAAGAACCUGGACAUGACAAUUGACAAAGAAUACAAUAAGCUGAACGAAUGCUAUGAGCUAGCCGACUUUCUCCAAGCCAUCGACUUCAAAGACGCGUGUGUGGAUUGGAUAAUUGAUAAGAUGGUGGCUUAUAACGAGUAUGCUUUUUAUAUUGCCGGGAUAAUCUACGCGCACUCCCUUAAAUCGUCGCCCCAUCGUCAAUUCACCAUCGACUGCGCCCUGAACUUUUGGCAAAAGGGAUCCUUUGAGCUCAUUCUUGAUAAAGAGUUUCCGCAAGAUUUCCACAAAGACUUGAUACAUGCAUUAGGUUUGCCCAUACGGAAUGGUUUUAAAACAGUUCCUGUAAAGACAUACUUCAAAAACAUCGACAUGUGCAAAUAUCACGAACACACCAAGAACAACAAACCUUGCUAUAAAGUAAGGUACCCGCAUCUCUCUUGA